AUGACUAAAUAUAUAUAUACCCUGGAUGGAGGAAAAAUAUCUGAACUCGAAAGAUUAGGUUUUAAUAAUUUUGAUUUUUUAUCAUAUGAUGAUAAUGAAAGUGAUAUAACAAAAAAUGAAAUGAAAAAAAUAUUAGAAAACAUUCAUUUAAGUUAUUUUCUUGCCGGAUGUAACAUUAUUAACACUAAUACAUUUCAAGUUAAUUUGCAUAGUUUAAAAGAGAAAAAUAUUAGUGUAGAAAAAGGUGAAGACAUAUUAAAUACGUAUAUAGAUAUUGCAUAUAACAGUUUACAAAAAUAUAAUGAGAUAAAAAGAAAUAGAGAAUUUCUGUUGGACUUUUCUAAAUGUAAAAAUGAUUCUAUAUAUGAACAUUUAGAAAAUUUUAAAAAUAUUAGAAAAAAAUUAAACAUUUUACAUGAGAAUGAUAUGUUUAACACAAACAUUUAUUUAGAUGAAUUAAAAUUACAAAAUACAAAUGUGAAAAAAAUAAAAAAAUUAGAAAGAAACAAAAAUAAUUAUAUUGCUUUUUCUAAUGGAUGCUAUAGUUCUGCCUUUCGAGAUUUUAGUGAAUAUUCAGGCGUUUUUCAUAAAAAUAAGGAAAAUUUAAAAGACAAAGAGUUAGCUAGUCUGAAAAAGAAUAACAAGAAAAAAUUAGGAAAAAUGAAAAUCAAGAAUAAUAAUAAAUAUAUUGAAAAUUUAUUAAAAAAAAAUAUUAAACCUUAUAAAAAUUACGAUAUAAAAUUAAAACUAUAUGGAAAUAUUCCUUUUAACUCAAAACAAAGUAAUAUAGAAAUGAUACCAAGAACUACAAGGAAUAAUAAAAAUAGUUAUGUGUUUUCACCAAAUGUGAAAUUAUUUAAUUAUGGAUUAGAAUAUUAUAUAGAUGUAUCAGAUGAAGAAAUUAUAUCUAACUGCAAAUUUAAGUUAGGUUCUUUUUCUAAAAAUUCAGAUAAACUAAACUUUUUUUCUUUAACAACUUGUUCUAAUAUAAGAGAAGUGAUAACUUUUUAUAAUUAUAUUAAAUAUUACGGAAGCACCUUUAAUAACAAUGUAAUUAUAAACUUUUUCUGCAAUAGUUCUAAAUAUAUUGGAUGUUCUGAUUAUUCUUUUUUUGAUUUUGUUUCAUUAUUAUUAUAUUUAGAUUCUUAUAAUAAAUAUAUAAAGGCAAUCGGAUUAAAUUGUGUUAACAUAGAAUAUGUUUAUGAUUUAUUUUUUCCUUUUAAAAAAUAUGUAUGCCAAUAUAAUAAUAUCAAUGUUGAUUUAUAUAAAAGUGAAAAUUCUCAAAUGAAUUCUAUAGUUAAAAGUAUUAUGAAUGACUUAAAAAAAAAUCGGUAUGUUAAUGAUGUCAAUUUUUUUUGCUCUCCAAAUAAAUCUUUAAAAAAUGUAUUUUUUGAUGAUGCUAAUAAAAAAGUUGAUUUUCAAAACUCAUCAAAAAAAAGUAAUCACAUUUAUAAUUUUAUUGAAGAAUGGAUGAAAGUAAACAUUAAUGGUUUUGGUGGUUGUUGCUUUUACAAUCCUUAUGAUAUUUCUCUAAUCGAUUAUAAAUUAAAACAACUUUCAUAA